AAUAAAGCCAGACUGAAAGACCCGAGUCCUACGAUGUAGCCAAGUUUGUAGGAAAUUGGCUGGUAUACAAAGCCAAAGACAGACAAUGCAGUGAUGCACAGACAAAACAACCCUCAAAUGACUCUUAACUUUCCUAAAAAACAUUACUUUGUUUGAAUCCCAAAAUCCAUCCGAAACAGAAUGCCAUUCUCUAUCUUCUCUUUCUAUCUCCUUCCCUUCAUUGAAAAAUCAAGUUUUUGUCUCCCCUUGACCUCCCUUCUGUGGACAUUCUUACACCACCACCACCACCACCACCACCACCACAAUGCCAUCCUCUCGAACCCCAUAAAAGGUUGAUGAGGAUGAUGUUUAUUGGAAACGAAAGAAGAGUAGUGAAGAGUUGGAAUGGUCACAUAAUUCCACUCGCGUUAUUUCGCAGUUAACUCAAUGUUUUGCUAAUGCUAUGGUUGGACCACGUUCAUGGAUAGCAGGGCUCUUUACUCGCUCACCAUAUAAACGUAACGACAAAGUUCUUGACUUCUGCUUGACUCCUCAUUUGGAACAAAGACUACAAAAGCUUCAAGAACGAAUGAGAACACCUUUUGACGAGACACGCCCUGAUCAUCAAGAAGCUCUCAGAUCAUUGUGGAAUGCAGCUUUUCCAGAUAUUCCUCUGAAAGGCUUGAUCUCUGAGCAGUGGAAAGACAUGGGGUGGCAAGGUGCUAAUCCAUCAACUGACUUCAGGGGCUGUGGUUUCAUUUCUCUUGAGAACUUGCUGUUUUUUUCAAGGACUUAUCCGGCAUCUUUUCAUAGGUUAUUGUUCAAGCAGGGUGGGCAGCGAGCUACUUGGGAAUACCCAUUUGCUGUUGCUGGCAUUAAUGUUUCUUUUAUGUUGAUCCAGAUGUUGGAUUUACGGUCAGAAAAACCAAGAUGUCUUCCAGGAGUCACUUUUGUUAAAUUACUAGGAGAAGAUGAAUCUGCCUUUGAUGUACUAUUCUGUAUAGCUUUCGAAAUGAUGGAUGCUCAGUGGCUUGCUAUGCGUGCUUCUUACAUGGAGUUCAAUGUAUACCCUCUAUCUCAGCAAAGAGGUUUUACAAGUAACAAGGACACAAUUGGAGAGGGAACUAUCUUUGGAAGAUGUUCAUCGAAUAAAAGAUUUACCAGCAUACAACCUUUUGUAUCAAUAGCAAUUUAUAGUGAGGUCCUCUUAAAAUGCCCCAAAGUACUUGCUAGGUCCAGUAGAACAUUUCGGAGAACCCAAAGGUUUAGAUAUAAAUUCACGUGUCGAACUGCUGAACUGUAGAAACCAUUUUUGAAGAUGUUAUAGCUAUGCUUAAUGCUAUACAAUGAGCUUCUCACAAGUUAAUGGUGCUGAGGCUGAGUCUGAUAGUGAACCCUGUAACCAUCUGAUGAACUGCUGUUCGCGGCUAAAAUUAACUAGUGUCAACGUAGGUGGACUGCUUCUAAUUCCUAACAUACACGGUUCUUUUAUGUUUAUUAAUAUUUAUGGCCUCCAGCAGUCGACUGAUGACAAGCAAUGUCGUAUCCAGGACAGAGGGGGUUUUCCCUGUGUCCAACAGUAUUCCUGUUUCCGAUGGUUUCCACUUUUGAGUCAGAGAGGAAAGAGGUUUGAGAGGAUUAGGAUGGCACAUUGUAUAGACGAUGGAGACAUCAGACAUGCAUGCAGUUACCUGCAUACGCAAACUUGAUUUGAAGAAUGUAUGAACUUAUUGUAAUUUGCAACUUUUUAAAAUCAAAUUCCCAUGAUGAUGUGCUAUUUUUCUGGUGGCAGCUCAAUUCUGAAA